UGUUACUGAUACUCUUUCAGAAUACAUUCAAAGGUCCUAAUGACAUAGGGUCAGUCUUUGUAUUAGUAGCUUCACAAGUUAAAUGUUGAAAAUGAAAAUAAUCCUUGGAUUUACAUAUGUGGGUCUGGUUAUCAGUAUUAACCUUCCAUUUUUGUAUUUGUGUUCCAAUAGAGCAACUGGUUUAGGGAAAACCCAAUUUAAAAUGUUUCCCUUAUAUCCUAGCACGUCAUUGCAUCUCCAUCUUAUCGCUUCCCACAUGUGUUCCCAAGGAUCACUGUUGGGAUCUUUUUCUUCGGGCCUCUUCCAUCACUUUUUAGAGUAUAUUCAUGUCAGGAUCCACCAGCCUCCAUCUCUCCACUCUAGCAUAUUAGGUUAUCCCUCUGACCUUAUCUCUUCUUCCAUCCCGCUCUUCCUCCCGCUAAAAUCUCAUGUAUAGGGAGAGGAAAGAGACAAUUCCUCAUUCAAAUGCAAGCAGCAGACAUAAAUGUCACUCAGCACGUGACAUUGGUGUCACACAGAGGCUGCAAAGCAUCAGAUAAUCCGGGAAUGUGUCACAGGUUGGAGUUGGGGUCUGUGGCUCCGUAGCAAGCAGCCGUGGGUGGAGCUUUUGUCAUGACAUCAUGUGAGGUAUAAGAGAGUGACAGAGCUCAGACACCUGCAGACAAGCAGCAGCAGCACAUUAGAAACACAGCUGUAACUGUAUGGAUAAUCUAUCUGCAGAGCUUCAUCCAUCUGCUAUCAACUAUGUCCACUCACACCAGCGUUCUUCUUCUCAUCACUCUUUGGACUUCCAUGGAGGAUGGUUUAAGUCUUCCGGCGACGAAACAACCGGAAGUGGAGGCUGGUGACUUGGUCCCAGCACAGAGAGUGAGGACCAAGCGCUGUUCCUGCAGCAACCUGUUGGACUCUGAAUGCCACUACUUCUGCCACAUAGAUAUCAUCUGGGUAAACACACCCAGUAAGACAAUAGUUAAUGGGCUAGGCAGCGCUUUGUCCCGACGCAGAAGGUCCACUGGCCGCUGCAGCUGUGCCAACCAUGACGAUCAAACCUGUACCAACUUCUGCCAUCACGGUCCUGCAUUCAUGUCAUCAAAGAGAUCUGUGAAGGGACAUCAACUCAACUUACUCAGCAUUCUAAGAUCUGCGGCUAGCAGUUCCAAGACAGCUCAGGAUUCAGCUGAUUCAGACAGAGAUGAGUCACUUCAAAGCGAGAGCACUCGCUAAACCAUGUGCCAGCUGAGGCGGCAAGAGUGAGAGAAAGAGAGAAGCGAGCACCUGAACAAAUGACACUCCUUGGAUAGACAGGGGGAACAAAGGGCUGCUGAAAGAUGUUGUCGGACGCAGGAAGGCCUGAAGCGCCACAAAGAUGUCUGUUUGUACCCGGGAAUAGAGGCUGGGAAAGGUGACAGAGUUUGGCAAACACAUCAUGGAAACUGAUGUGUAAGAUCAGCACAAUCUUGUUUAGAGAACGCUGUGCCGGCUGUCAUGUUUGACUCUGGCCGUCUGCUCUGCAAGGUUGUCUGUUGUCACUGUACAGACAGGCCAGGCCAGCACUGAUGUAGAAGGAUGUACCAGAGGAAAAGGGAUUUGCAUACUGAACAUAUUUGUUCAGCAAUGUCGCACAUGCUGUACAUUGCAUGUUUUUACUCAUUCUUUCGUAAAAUGUCAAAUUUAUUUAUUCACUUUACAAGUAUAGAUUUCCUUUUGUUGGGAGUG